AUCUGAGCAUAGCAGACAAAGCAGAGCACUAAAGAACGGGGGAAUAGAUCUUUACCUUUUGCUUAUUGUGAAAUAUGUCAUUUCUUUUAUGGAAUAUUAAUUUCUUUUAAAUAGAGGAAAUAGAAGCCUUUUAGAAUGCACUCUUAAAUAGCUGGAAAGACUUCUCUCGUUGACUUGUAUUCCUUAUAUGUACUGCUCUUAUCCAUGACAAUGGCUAAAAAUUGCUAAAUAUUUUCAUAUACUUCUUAGUUUAUUGUAUUUUCUUAAAAUUUUAUUUUUUGAAAAUGUCGGAGGGAGAAAAUGGAGAACCACACCCAAAUUUAGCCCGAGAAGGUGCUCAACUUGGAUCUCAGCUUCAACCCAUUUUUCUACCAGAUGAAACAAGCAUGGAAUUCUUGCAAUAUGGUGUGAGACUAUACCAAGCAGCCAUGAAAGGUGAUUGGUUGACUAUAGACACGAUUAAGCGUCAAUCCCCUCCUUGGAUCUGCGCAAAGAUUACGAAGGGAGGCGAAACAGCUCUUCAUAUUGCCGCAGCAGCAAAACAUGUCGAUGUUGUUAAAAAGCUCGUACACUCUAUGUCCUCCGAUUCUCUAGCUUUGACAAACAAGGUUGGAAAUACAGCACUUUGUUUUGCGGCUGUGUCCGGUGUUGUUGAGAUUGCAAGAGUGAUGGUGGAGAAGAAUGUCGAGUUGCCAAACAUCCGAGGAAGUCAAGGGAUGAAACCACUUUACAUGGCCGUCUUGCUUGGCCACCGGGACAUGGUUUGGUACCUCCUCGACGUCACUGAAGAUAAACUAUUGACAGAUCAAGACCGCAUUGGAUUACUUAAUAGCUCAAUCAACACGGACAUAUUUGAUGUAGCAUUACAUAUUCUUGACAAGAAUCGGAACUUAGCCUUCUUACGAGAUGCUAAGAAUGAGACUGCACUACAUGCGCUAGCUCAUAAACCUCUGAAGCCAAUAGCCCAUCAAUCGAGUAUAUGGAAUGUGAUGAUGGAGCGAUUAAUGAGUAGCAUAUAUCAAGAGAAAAGGGUAGAGCCACAGCUUGCACUUCAACUAACACAAAACCUUUGGGGUGAGGUCAUCAAACUGAAGGAGGAUAUAUCGAACUUGAUAGGCUAUCCUUGGAGGCUACUAUUUGUUGCAGCGAAAUUAGGGAAGGUUGAGUAUUUGACAACCCUGAUCCGGUCUUAUCCAGAUCUUAUAUGGAAGGUAGAUGAAAACAGGCGUACUAUUUUCCACAUUGCAAUCAUGCACCGCCAUGAGGAGAUCUUUCAACUGAUCUACGAGAUUGGAGCAAUUAAGGACUUAAUAGCUACAUUCAAAGAUGAUCAUGGUAAUAACAUGUUGCAUUUGGCUGGCAAGUUAGCACCCCCUCAUCGACUUAACUCUGUGUCCGGAGCAGCUUUGCAAAUGCAACGCGAAAUAUUGUGGUUCAAGGCAGUAAAAAAGGUAGUGAGACCUGAGUAUGUUGAAGCUGAAAAUGAGGAUAAGAAAACUCCUCAAACCUUGUUUAGCGAGGAACAUGAAGAAUUAAGGGCCAAAGGCGAGCAAUGGAUGAAGAAGACUGCUGAAUCAUGUGCACUCGUUGCUACUCUUAUAGCUACUGUUGUAUUCUCAGCUGCCUUCCAACUAACUGGAGGUGUUAACGAUAAAGGAAGUGCUGUCCUACUGAAAAGUGCAUGCUUUGUGGUAUUUUCCUCCUCGAAUGCAGUAUCAUUGUUCACCUCCCUCGCUUCUGUGCUGAUGUUUUUAUCAAUUCUCACUUCGCGGUAUGCAGAAAGUGACUUCCACAUUUCACUUCCCUUAAAGCUCAUGAUGGGACUCACCUUAUUGUUCGUUUCGAUUACAACCAUGAUACCAGCCUUCACUGCUACUUUCUUCAUAACUUUUAUUGAAGGUGUGAAAUGGCUUCCUAUUCCUAUUGCCCUGAUCUCUUCAGUUCCUGUUGCACUUUUCGCCUUGCAGCAGUGCCCUCUCUUGUUGGACAUAUAUCGCUCAACUUACAAGUCUCAUCAAUUUCUAUUUGAAUCAAGCAAAACAAAGCUUUUCGACCAUUCUUCUCAGCACGAUCUCAUUGUAAAUGCCGCAGCAAUGGUGUCCAUACGCUCAAUUAAGAUUCAUCCAAUAACCUCCUUAACUUCUAACAUCCCUCGCCACAACUCUUCCCAUAGGCCAACACCCUCACAGAUAGUAGCACCUUGUGCUUCAGAGAAUAACACACCCAAAUUUUAUUCCUCAAAUGAUUUGUUUUCAGAAGCUGAUCCUUGAAGCGGAUUUUAAAGUUAGCAAGGAGAAAUACUCAUAUCAGCUUAUAUCUGCCAGAAGCUUUUGCUCAUCUUUUUUUGAGCUAUUACUAUCAUUUUUUAGGCCAUUAAGCUAUUAGUUUGUUCAUUUAAUCAUUCUUUAGUUAUUCAACUGAAUUCAUAUGUGACUAAUGAUUAAUAAUUCAUUAUUCUUUUAGCUAAUUACCUGUUUUUAAUCCUAGAGUACUGUCAUAAUGAGAGUGAACAAUUCUGAUUCUUACAAUAGUUAAAUACUCAAAUGUAUCAUAUAUGGUGUUAUGUUCUAAAUUAAGCAAACAUCAAUAUCUACCCGAUGAUCGUGGCCCAUGCCAUAUAAUAUCGUGGCCCAUGCCAUAUAAAAUUUUACACGCUCUUAUAGCCUCUUAUUACAUGUUGCUCAUUUCACUUUUUUGAGCAUCAUCUGUAAGACUCCUAAAUCUUUCAAAUAAUACACAUAAUAGAAAUUCAUCAGUUCAGAUUUUUAAUCCAAUUGCAGUUGUAAUAAUAGAUACACUGACAUAACAGAAAUUCAUCAGUUCAGAUUUUUAAUCCAAUUGCAGUUGUAAUAUUAGAUAUACCGACAUAACAGAUAUUCAAUAAGAUCAAGAUCUUAAAAUGUUAAUUUAUAGUGCUUACGCAAGUAGCGAUUUCAAUACAAGCUUAAUAACUUUUACUGACAAGGUUGAAUUUAAACACUAUUUACAAACUCUAUUUUGAUAUUUUUAUAUAUAAGGCAAAAGCUAAAGCACACAUCGAGGGCAUUAGAUAAGCUAACUAAAAGUAGAAAGAUUAAAUUAAUUUAACAUUAAUUACACCUAUCGCCACUUGAUUUUGUCAUGUUUUCUCAAAUUAAUGUCACUUUAGGUAAUAUUUUAAAUGCUUAUCCAACUUCCCGGGGACGUUCGUUAGUAAGAUCCUUAUAAUAAAGCUCAUUCACAUAGAACCAGAAUUGUCUCAAUACCUAUUUCAUAAUAACAAAUUUAAUAAUUUUGCAUAUAAAUAAUUAAAUCACUUUUAUAAUAUAUACUACCUCCA